AUGGGGGGUGGACCCCUUACUGCACACGGCCCUUGCCUUCACUGGAACGGGCCCCUUGCUGCGCGCUGUCCACCUCCUGGCCUAGCCCUACAGCCGCGGGGCCGGGUGGGGCCAGGGUCGGCAGGCUGCGCCCCUGACCUGGCAGCCCUGCAGGCUGUGGCGCUGUGGAGCCUGUGGCGGGAGCACGUGUGGGUGGCCGGGCUGUGGCACUUCAGGUGCGGGGUGUGCCACUGGAUCGCCUGGGACCUCAGUGGCCUCGUGGGGUUCCUGGAGCAGCACGGUGUCCUGGUGGGCUUGGGGCCGGAGGCCCUGGGUCUGCAGGAGUUCCUGAAGGGCAGCUACUUCGCGGGAGAGCUCUACCUGGAUGAGAGCAAGCAGCUUUAUAAGGAGCUGGGCUUCAAGCGGUACAGCAGCCUGAGCAUCCUCCCUGCGGCCCUGGGGAAGCCCGUGCGCGAUGUGUCUGCCCAGGCCAAGGCUAUUGGCAUCCAGGGGAACCUGUGGGACCUGCUGCAGAGUGGAGGGCUGCUGGUGGUCUGCAAAGGUGGUGACACAGAAGUGCUGCUGCCUUUCGUCCAGAAGUCUGCAGGCGACUAUGUUCCCCGGGAGCAUAUCUUGCAGGUCCUGGGCAUGUCUGCAGAGGUGUGUGCCAGUGGCCACCUAAGUGUGACAAAGGGUUGUGAGGGGGGUGAAGGCCCUGGCCUCCAGGAUCUGGGAGGUGUCUGCUGCCCUGGGUGAGCAGGCAGUCAGCCUGGAAGAGCUGUUCUGGUGCCGCUGGGCCGGGCUGCUGAACUUCUCCUCUGCGGACAGCAACGAGCCUUAGACCUACAGUUCCUAGGUGA